GACGAAGGCAUCCAUCCUUUGUAAAGCCGUUCACUUAUUCAUUCACUCUCGGCGCAGCGCUGUCAAUUACACACUCUUACAUAGGACUACUCAUUAAACCACCACCAAUCAAACCCUAGUUUUUUUUUUUUACUAAAAAACCCUAAUCUGGUCUGUCUAAUCAACUCCUUUUGCUAAUUCACGCUAAGGUAAUCAACAGAUCUCCUUUGUUCUAAUUUGUUAAUAUCUCUGUGUUUAUUCACUGUGUGGACUUGUUUUGGACUCUGAGCUGUGAGUUUGCUUAGUUUAGUUUUCAAUUGCUUUCGAUAAUGGAUGAUUUGGAGAAGGCGAUUUUGAUUAGUUUUGAUGAAUACGGGACUGUUAAUCCGCAACUUAAGUCACAGGCGGUUGCUUUUUGUCAACAAAUUAAGGACAAUCCGUUGAUUUGUAGUAUUUGUGUCGAGAGGCUGUGUUAUUCGAAACUAGUUCAAGUUCACUUCUGGUGCUUGCAAUGCUUACAUGAGGUGCUUGGUGCCAAGUACUCUUCGAUGAGUCCUGACCAGAAGGCGUUUGUUAGGAAGUCAUUGUUUUCUAUGGCGUGUUUUGAGGGGAUUGAUGAUAACAACUCCAUUAGGUUGUUGGAUGGCCCUGCUUAUAUUAAGAAUAAGCUUGCGCAGGUUUUGACUACUUUGAUUUAUUAUGAGUACCCGGGGGUGUGGUCUUCCGUGUUCCUUGAUUUUUUGCCGAAUUUGAGUAGGGGUGCGGUUGUUAUUGAUAUGUUUUGUCGGUUACUGAAUUCGCUUGAUGAUGAAUUGAUUAGUUUGGAUUAUCCCCGGACGCCGGAGGAGACUUCUGUUGCUGCACGGGUUAAGGAUGCAAUGAGGCAGCAGUGCAUAUCUCAAAUUGUAAGAGCGUGGUAUGACAUUGUCUCUAUGUCCAGGAACUCCCAUCCUGAAAUAUGUGCUAGUGUUUUGGACACUAUGAGGAGAUAUAUUUCUUGGAUAGACAUUGGGUUAAUUGUAAAUGAUACCUUUCUCAGGUUGUUGUUUGAGUUGAUUUUGGUUGAUGGUGGGUUGGAUCAGCUCAGAGGGGCUGCUGCGAGUUGUGUUCUUGCAGUAGUAUCCAAACGUAUGGAGCCACACCUGAAGCUAAAUCUUAUAAAAAGUCUUCAAAUUAGUAGAGUUUUUGUUUUGUUAGGUGAGGAUAAGGAUUCCGAGUUGGUUGCUAAUGUAGCAGCUUUGCUUACUGGGUACGCUACCGAAGUUCUGGAAUGUUACAAGCGCUUGAAUGCCGAGGAUAAAGGCACUUCAUUGGAUCUUUUAAACGAGGUUCUGCCGUCAGUUUUUUAUGUCAUGCAGAAUUGCGAGAUUGACACAACAUUCAGCAUUGUGCAAUUUCUUUCCGGCUAUGUUGCCACAAUGAAGAGCCUUUCUCCAUUAAGGGAGACCCAACUUCAUCAUGUGGGUCAGAUACUGGAUGUGAUACGUAUUCAGAUUCAGUUUGAUCCCGUAUAUCGUGACAAUCUCGAUGUAUUGGACAAAAUUGGGAAAGAGGAAGAAGAUAGGAUGAUGGAGUUCCGAAAGGAUUUGAUCACAUUGUUCCGUAGUGUAGGUCGUGUAGCACCUGACGUAACCCAAAUGUACAUUCGGAACUCAUUGAUCAGCUCGGUUGCAGCACCUCCUGAAAGAAACGCAGAAGAGGUAGAAGCUGCUCUGUUCCUCUUCCAUGCAUUUGGAGAAUCUUUAAGUGAUGAGGCACUGAGAACAGGAAAUGGUCUGUUGAAAGAGCUGGUACCAAUGCUCUUAUCGUCAAGGUUUCCUUGCCAUUCUAAUAGGCUUGUUGCACUUAUAUAUUUGGAUACAAUAACCAGAUAUGCCAAGUUUGUUCAAGAGAAUAACCAGUAUAUACCUCUGGUUCUGGCUGCUUUCUUGGAUGAACGUGGUAUACACCAUCCAAAUGUUAAUGUGAGUCGCAGAGCGAGUUAUCUUUUCAUGAGAGUUGUUAAAUUACUCAAAGCCAAGCUCGUGCCUUUCAUAGAGACUAUAUUGCAGAGCCUGCAAGACACAAUCGCUCAAUUCACGAGAACACAUUGUGUGGAAAACGACCUCUUGGUGGCAGAAAAUGGUAGUCACAUAUUUGAGGCUAUUGGCUUAUUAAUUGGAAUGGAAGAUGUGCCGGUGGAGAAGCAAACUGAUUUCCUUUCAUCGCUGCUUAGUCCUCUUUGUCAGCAGAUUGAGGCAUUGCUUGCAAACGCCAAAGUUCAGAACCCAGAAGAGUCUCCAGCGAAAUUAUGGAAUAUUCAGCAAAUAAUUAUGGCCAUUAAUGCCCUCAGCAAGGGAUUUAGUGAGCGACUUGUUACUGCUAGCCGACCUGCAAUUGGUCUCAUGUUCAAAAAGACAUUGGAUGUACUUCUACAAAUACUUAUCAUCUUCCCAAAGAUAGAAUCCCUGCGGUAUAAGGUGACGUCGUUUGUACAUCGAAUGGUGGACACGUUAGGUGCAUCUGUGUUCCCUUACCUUCCAAAAGCUUUGGAGCAAUUGCUUGUGGAAAGUGAGCCUAAAGAGUUGGUGAACUUCCUUGUUCUAAUGAAUCAGUUAAUGUGCAAAUUCCGAACUGCAGUCCAAGAUAUAAUGGAAGAAGUAUACCCUGUUAUUGCGGGUAGAAUUUUUAAUAUUCUUCCCAGGGACGGAUUUCCUUCUGGGCCUGGUAGCAACACUGAGGAAAUUCGUGAACUGCAAGAGCUCCAGCGCACGGUGUAUACAUUUCUUCAUGUCAUAGCAACACAUGAUCUGUCCGCAGUGUUCCUUGCCCCAAAAAGUAGAGGAUACUUGGAUCCGAUGAUGCAAUUGCUAUUGCACACUUCAUGUCAUCACAAAGACACUCUCAUUAGGAAGGCAUGCGUACAAAUAAUUACUAGACUGAUCAAGGAUUGGUGUUCCAAGCGCUUUGGAGAAGAGAAGGUGCCUGGUUUCCAAAUUUUUGUAAUCGAGGCUUUCGCAACGAAUUGUUGUUUGUACAGUGUGCUUGACAAGUCCUUCGAUUUUCGUGAUGCAAACACUCUUGUCUUACUAGGAGAAAUUGUAGUGGCUCAGAAGGUCAUGUAUGAAAAAUUUGGCAAUGACUUCCUUACUCAUCUUGUAUCAAAAGGUUUCCCGGCUGCACAUUGCCCCCAAGCUCUGGCAGAACAGUAUUGCCAAAAGAUUCAGGGGGAUAUAAAAUCAUUGAAGUCAUUCUAUCAACUAUUCAUAGAAAACUUGAGACAAGAGCAAAAUGGAAGUCUUGUUUUCAGAUAGCGUUGGCAUAUCUGAGCCAUUUGGUCAAAUUUUAGAAUUGUGGGAUGAUGAUGUUCUGUAAUAUUGAAACAGUUUUGCGCACGGAAGGUAUCGUAUCUGUAUAUAACUUUUCCCAAAGAUCUUAUGGCAUUGAGAGGUGUAUAUUUGCGGAAGCAGUAACUUGAAUAUGACGUGCAACACAUGAAAUGGUUUUCUGGAGCAUGAGCAAUAUUAAUGUUGUCUUGGUUAGGAAGAAUGUUGUGUUUCUAGCAAGAAUGACAGAAUGUCUAUAUCAGAAGUUUUGGAUUUUCCUUUGAUUGGCUGUGGUUCCUUGGAUGUGUAUUACAGAUAUGUGUGAUUUUGAUUCCAAAAGUGCGGAGGGAACAAGUGGUUCGGUUCUGUCUUCAUGCCUUUCACGAGCGAGAAAAAGGUGAGCCUGUUAUUGGCCUCCCUGACGUAGUAUUGAAUUGACUUGUUUUCUGUUAAUCCAAAAGUGAUUCAAGGUGUUAUCAUUUGAAACAAGAAAAUGAAAAGGUGAAUCAUAAUCAAGCGUUUCACAUAUAGUAAUAUGGUGUUUAUGCCAAGUGGCAAGUGCUGCUGCCGGGCUAUCAUUCAAGUUUCAUACUGGUAGUGGUAGCAACCCGGGCCUUAUAUGUGGACUUUGGCUUUAUUCUGACGCCGACAGAUUGGAGUCAAUUGUUUCACCUAAUCGGGCCUCUUAAUUUCUUUGUUGGAAGGCUGGUUGGGCUUUUAGAAACCUGGUGGUAACCACCAUAAUCUAAUCUAAUGAUGAUUGAAGAAAAAACAAAAUCAAAAUAUGGAAAUUUCAAUAUUUCACAAUGUAUUCAACCAGCUUGGUCAUCGAGAAUACUCGAGCACUUGUACGUUACAUCGCCCGUAUGAAACAAGAAAUGUUUGUUUAAUCUCUGGGUUUUAAUCUCCUCAUAAUCCUUGGCUUGGUUUCUUUAUCCAAAGUAACCAGCUGUAAUAUGUUACUACUACUAAUCUCGUCAUUAUCCUUGCCUUUGUUGUACGUAUUGGUUGUUGGCUUUCGCGCA